UUUAUGGGAACUAAUAUUUAGCCUGAGGGAGUCCUCACUUGAUAUAAAAGGCAAGAUGGAAACUUUACUGUUUGAGGUUUUUGUCACCCUUCUCUUGGGAAUCCUUUGUGGGGAGGUUUCAAGCACAGGAGAAGUUGUAUAUGCGGUAAAUAGCGGCGGGCCGGCGCAUACAGAUCUGAACGGAGUUCACUACCAAGCUGACAAACUUACCGUGGGCACCGCGUCUGAUUUUGGCAAAUCGUUAGCAAUUGGAAGAGUCGCCCCGGCAGAUCAAAUACUCUACCAAACGGAACGAUAUCACUUUUCAAACUUUGGAUACAAUAUUCCUAUAAAGGAAAACGGCGAUUAUGUGUUGAUUUUGAAGUUUUGCGAGGUCUACUUUCAAGGUCCGAGACUAAAGGUGUUUGAUGUGGCAGUAAAUCAACAUACUGUACUUAAAGGAUUAGACAUUUAUGAGAGAGUUGGUAGAGGGGUUGGUCAUGAUGAGUACAUUCCAUUUCGAAUAAACAACAACCAGGUUCUGAUCGAUGGGGAAACAUUACCAUUUAGUGGAACUGUUUAUGUUGAAUUUAUGAAGGGCUACUAUGAUAAUCCCAAAGUUAAUGCUGUUUUAGUUAUGAAAGGAACUCUAGAGGAUGUACCAAAGUUACCUCCUCUAUCACGCCCAGGGGAAGAUAAUGAAGAUGAUGAUGAAGAUGAAGAAAGUAAAGAAGAUAAACCUAAGAAACAGCGUAAGAUUUCUGGCCCUAAAGCAAUUGACCCUUAUGCCAACGAUGAAUCAAGCAUGUUAAUUCCUAUAGCUAUAGCUAUUGCAGUGUUUCUACCAACACUAUUUUGUCUGUGUAAAUUGUGACAGCUACAGCUUGGUUGAUUUUAUUUAUUUCACCGUGUUACACUAUAGCAAAUUUCUGUUACCCAAAGCUUUGAAAACAGCUGGAUAAAAAUUCAUUCUCCAAGGUAAAAGUUUUUAGUAGCUAAAAUAUUGUGCAUCAGUGCCAUAGGUUUACAAGGUGUUUCAUACCAUGAUAGUUUUUCAGUGUUUGUCCUAAUAGUGAAAACUUCCAAAGGAUCACAAUUGUGUUUUCAUUUGGAUUUAGUCUUGAUAAGUUGAUUCCUUAUCACCAAGAUGUAAAUUGUAAUUUGAACUCCAAUUUUCAAUUAUUUGCCAUAGUUUGUAAUUACAACUUGAUAAAGGUGAUUUUUUUUUAAACUCCUUUUGCUCUCAGGAUCUGAAAGUUAAUGCUUCAAACCAAUGUCACUUGUUGCUCUGCAGGCUAAUCCUGGGUAUUUGGUGAUGUUUGAAAACCAUAUCCCCUUUUUGAUAAUUUUCUUCAUUCUAAUUGCUUAUCUGCUUGACAGUGUACUGAAAAUAUAUGGAGAAUUUACAUUCUAAUACCUUCUGGAUUUAUAAAGUUUGACUGAACUUCUCUUAUCACCUCUUGACACCAGCCUACUCUUAAACCUGUUGUUCAUCAAAUUUUUACAACAGAAAGGCUUCAUGAUGAAUUAUUAUUUAUGAAAAAACAAAACCAAGCAAAGGGUCUGUCAAGUUAGUGAUAUUAUUAAGUUUUAGAUAUUAAGUGAAUUUGUGUUAAAUAAAGUUUACCAUCACAUUGGUUAUGUAAAC